CUCAUCUCCUCCCCUGAAUUUAGGAGCUCUUUCUGGGGAAAGCUUGUUGGAGGAUAUCCUUUCUUAGUCUUUGCUCUCCUACCUCUAAUUUGGAAUCUGGUAUUCUACCCCUGUGUUCUUCUUCGUUCCUCUCUUUUCCAUCUUGCUGUGUAGUGAACACACCGCUCCCCUCUGCGAUGUGGUGGUGGCUGCUUGGCGUUUCGGGCUGUGUGCUGCUGGUGGUGGUGGUCGUCUUCUUCCUGAUCACCGGGAGAGGCUACAAGGUGUUCAGCGAGAAGUGCCUGAGGCCCCCAGGACCCCUGGUGACUGACAGCAGGCAGAGAGACGACAGGCUGAAGAGAGGGUUUCGUGUGGACCGAGUACCCCCCGCUCUGGAUGCGGUGGUGAUUGGCAGCGGUGUGGGAGGUUUGACAGCAGCAGCGGUUCUGUCUAAAGCCGGAAAGAGGGUCCUCGUUCUGGAGCAACAUGAUCAGGCUGGAGGCUGCACACACACCUUUCAGAAUAAGGGAUUUGAGUUUGAUGUGGGUAUCCACUACCUGGGCCAGCUCCAUGAGGGCAGCCUGCUGAGGGUGGCUCUGGAUCAGAUCACAGAGGGACAGUUGCAGUUCACAAAGCUGGAGCAGCACUUUGACACAGUGAUCCUGGGUCAGAAUGACCAGCGCAGGGAGUACCAUAUCCAUUCAGGGAAGACUGAAAUGGCAGAAAGCCUGAAGAAGCAGUUCCCAGGAGAGGAGGAGGCCAUUGAUGAGUUCAUGAGAUUGAUGAAGCUUGCUUCACGGCGGACGCCACUUAUUGCCACCUUGAAGAUCAUACCUUAUUGGCUUGCUAACUUCCUGGUUCGAACCGGCCUGUUGGAUCGCAUAUCUUCCGUGUUCAGCCUGGCAACAACCAGCCAUUCAGAAAUGAUGUCCCGUCUCACACAGAACAAGGACCUGCAGGCACUGUCUGCGUACCUCUUCUAUG